CAUCUCUCUCUUAUCAGAAACACUUUCCAGACAGUCUCUGACCAGUCACACCGCAACCCACCUCAACACAACACAGACAAUUCUAAAUUUCUCCGCGAAAAUGCUUCGCAUGAUAUCCGCGGUGUUACUGCUCUGUUCUACAGCUGACGUAAUUGGUUCACCAAACGCGUAUAAUGUGACAGAAUCUUCUCACACGGAAGCAAAUAUCACUACAAUCCCGAGAGACGUUGAAAAUAAGACAAUGUACGAGGAUUACGUUUCUCUGAAAGACUGGUUUGUGGCACCUCAUUUGCUGACUGUACUCCUGGCUGCUUCAGACAAGAUCCAUAGCUCGAGAUGUAAGACCCAGAGUCGCCUUUAUUUGAAAGAACUACGCAAUUUCACGAUGUGGGCAGCGCAGAUGUUCGACUCGGCUGCCAAGAUUCCAGUAGGCGUUCUAGCAGGAAACCAGUACCACCUGGGACAUUACGACGAAUGCGUGGAAAUAUCGCUGGACGCCGGAGAGACUUUCGGCGGAAUGCUAGAAGGACAGUACUGCUUAGCAGAAAUACAAUUUGACACCGCAAUUUCUCUGGAAGCAGACCCUUACACCCUCAACUACGACCCCAAGUCCUCUGCUUUUGAAAAGAUUAAGUACAAACACGACCCAUCCAAAGUACGACGUGACGUCAUGCACUGGGCUUUGUGUACGCCCGCUUCGUGUUCUCCGGAGGAACUGAACGAAGUUUUGAAACAAGAGCUCACCAAGGUCGGCGAAUCUCACGGCAUCCAAUUCACAUCCCACAUAUCGCACGAACUUUGUCACACUUUGGACCACACACAGCCUUUAUCAGCUGGGGAUAUUGGCUACUUGUUUGUUCUGAUAUCACUUAUAAGUUUGCUCGUGUCCAGCACAUUGUACGACUACAAAUUUACCACUGACCUGCCUGAGAAUAAAUUAGAACCAACUACGAAGAACCCGUCAAAAAUGGAGAAAAUAUUUUUGUGUUUCUCCGCGAGACGAAGCGUUAAGAAUCUUUUCGCCCGAAAUUCCAUUCAUCCAGCUCUUGAAACAACUCACGGUGCCAGAGUAUUUUUCAUGUUGAUGAUAAUUAUGGGACACAGGAUUAUUACAUAUGGAGGUCAUCCUAUAUUCAAUGCUGAAACCGAGGAAAGGCUUUUUCGGAGCAUACCAUCUAUGUUACUGGGUAAUGGAACGGUUAUUGUAGACGGAUUCUUUACCCUGAGUGGAUUACUGAUGUCAUAUUCCUUAUUAGAGUCCCAGAGCAAAUCAAAACGAACCAGCUUAGCAAAAUCGGUCCUUGUACGUUUCUUCAGAUUGACACCAUCGUAUAUGAUGUUGGUGUUCUUCCAUGCCACCCUCCUGCACCACAUGGGAUCUGGCCCUUUCUGGGACGUCACAGUGGGGCGUGAGCAACGGCGGUGCGCGACUAACUGGUGGUCUAACCUUCUCUAUAUCAACAACUACAUCAACGUCCGUGAAAUGUGCAUGUUCCAGUCCUGGUACCUCGCGGCGGACUUCCAGCUGUACAUAGUUUCUCUGUUGGCCGUCUCCAUAAUAGCGCGCUGGCCUCGCCUGGGCUACGCGGCACUUGGACUACUCACGACGACCUCCGUAGUCGUUUCUUCAGUCCUCAUCUACCAGAAUCAGGCGGAGGCACUCCUAUUCCCAUAUCCCGAUAACAUGAGGGAUCUCAGAGACAGUUCGUACUUCCAGACCAUUUAUGUGGGGACGCAACACAGGGCUACGCCGUACUUCGUCGGGGUCAUUUCUGGUGUCGUGCUUUACAAGCUGAGGAAUUGUAGCCACAGACUCGGGAAGGUGCUGUCUCACGUCGCCUACAUCUCGUGUUUUUGGGGAUUAGGCACAGCCAUUCUGCUGUCUGCGUACGUGUUCUUCAUCCCCGGGAGGCCAUACAGCGCACUUGAGGCAGCUUUGUACGGACCCUUACACCGCAUCGGCUUCGCUCUAGCAGUGUCCUCCUCCUACAUAAUUGUCUCUUGUGGACAGAUUGAAAUAUACCAGAGGUUCUUCUCGUCGAAACCUUUCGUCGUGCUUAGCCGUCUGACAUACGGAGCUUACUUGGCACACACAGUGGGUCAGCUGUACGACCAGGGGACGCUCAGAGUUCCGCGGUAUCUCUCAGUUUACACGGGGAUUUGGUUAUCGCUUGGUGACAUCGUGAUUGCGUUCGGACUUUCAUUUUUUCUGCUAUUACUUGUCGAAACACCUUUCAGAUGCUUGCAAAAACUUAUCAUUAAGUGAUAUAUUUGAUACAUAAUUAAAGAGAAUCUCUCUUUACGUCUAGGUGUAAUAGAUUGUUUUAAAGCAUUUAUGUGUUCUUAUAGAUCAAAAUGUUAGCCUUAGUUAGACCAUUUCAAAAUUUUACACAGAAACUUAAUUUCUUGCAUUAUAAAGAAAUUAUUUUUACAUUACUGUUGUUACAAAAUAUAUAAUCGUGUCACUUCACUUUAUAUUCAAACAGAUCUGUUAUUUGUAAUGAGUAUUAUAUACAGAGUGUCCCGUAAAUCCAACUACAUAGGGAAACUAUGUUACUUUAAAAAAACGCGAAAAGCAAAGAUAAAAAGUUGCUGGAAAUUUCGUGUUUCCAAUCUCAUCAGUUCGGAAUUCUUAACUGGGACCAGCUAAUAUGGCUACGUUCUGUACAAUACCAUUAAUAAAAUGGUAUAGCCACGUUGCCACAUUAACGACUGCGAAAUGGUGAUGGGGUGUUUCCAAAUCAGAGAUAAGAGUCAGCGAAUGAAACAGAAAACAGCUACAACACGAAAUACGUAGUAAUUAAAACCAGGAAAACAAAAAUGCCUAGCGAAGGGACGUAACAACGUCGCUACAUCGCCAUGAUGUUGCCACGUACUUAUGGAGACACAAAAUUUGCAACAAAAUUUCAGCCUUUAUAUUUUUCGGAAUUUUGACUAAUAACAGAGAUUUCCUA